AUGACCCUCCUCGAAUUCUUCCGCAGCAUUCUGCGGCGCCUGCGAACGAUCAUCUUCCCCUCCGCUUUCAAGACCAUGGCGGUUUCGGUCAAGUCCUCCAGCCCCGAGGUCACCGUCGUCGAAACCGUCGGCAGCCUGCAUACCCUCGAGUCGCUGAAGGACGAUGUCAUGCGGCUGUUCAGAUCGCCAUGCACCCUGCGCCGUAUGCUCUCCAUGUCCUCGGCCCUCCGCAUCCAGUACAAGGCAAAACUGCAGGAGAGCGAGGCUUGUAUGCUACCUUCCUAUUGUUAUGCACUUCCGGAUGGUAGAGAGACGGGCACUUAUAUCUCUCUGGAUGUCGGCGGCUCUACUCUCCGGAUCGCACUGGUCGAGCUGCACGGAAGGGAUUCGCAGAACCCAAUGGUGAUCAAGCAUAUUGCGAGCUCGAAGAUCGAUGAACACAUCCGCAGACUACCUGGCACAGAGUUUUUUGAUUGGAUGGCCGGCAGGAUCGCAGAUAUGUUGGACAAGACAAAGGAGGCGUUGUCGUCUCAAAGGACACUACCAAUGGGCCUAGCUUGGAGCUUUCCAAUCGAGCAGACGAGUCACCGUAGCGGCAAAGUGCAAGGAAUGGGCAAAGGGUUCGCAUGUGCUGAGACGACACUUGGCAUGGAUCUGGGUGAACUGAUCGAAGCCGCCUGCGCGAGGAGGAAUGUGAAUGUCCGCGUCGAUGCCAUCGUCAAUGAUUCUUCUGCCACUCUUCUAUCUCAGGCAUAUCUCGAUCCCGCAACAUCGAUGGCGUUGAUUCUGGGUACGGGGACGAACGCUGCUGCGUAUCUGCCGACUGGGUGCAUGGGCAGGUCAAAAUUUGGAGUGCGGGAUCAGUCCUGGUUUGAUCAGGCCCACCGAGUCAUCACAAACACGGAAGUGUCGAUGUUUGGCAGAUCUAUUCUCACAGAGACCCGGUGGGACGAAUUGCUCAACAAACAGCACUCGAGACCCGACUUUCAGCCUCUCGAGUACAUGACGACCGGUCGCUACCUGGGUGAAUUGCUGAGACUAAUCGUCAUCGAAGCCGUCGGGACCGGCGAGCUGUUCAAUGGCGUGAUGCCGGAGGCAUUGCGAGAGCCCUACUCGUUGGAUACGGAGGUCAUGGCGAGGCUUGAAAUGGACACAACGAAGACCAUGCAGCAGUCCAUCGCAACGAUCAAGAAAGCGUUCGCGCUGAAGAAGGCUCCUUCAUUGGAAGAAGUGAAAUUCCUCCGUGCUGCGGCCGAGUCAAUUUCAUACCGUGCAUCUGCUUACAUGGCGGUUGCAGUACAUGGGCUCUGGGCUCUGCAGAAAGACACCGAUGUCAACCCCACCACGCCGAACGGGACUCCGAAAACUUCAAUCGCAUGUAAUGGGAGCGUCAUCCUCAAAUACCCAGGGUUUAAGGAUCGGUGCGAAGGGUUUAUUAGGCAAAUGAUCGAGGCAGCGUCAUCGCCUGGGAGUACCUAUGCUGCGGAGAAAAUUGUGCUGGAGCCUACCAACGAGGCGGCAGUCUUCGGUGCUGCUGUCGCCGUGGCUCUGGCCGACGCUCCCUGA